AUGCAGGUCCUCGGCUCUCACGCGCGCAUGUGUUGGAAGCACAAGUGGCUGUUUCUGGCAGUGGGCCUGACUCUGUACAUCACGAUCUUCAUCAUGGUUUAUACUUUGACAGUUGCUAGUCGCCUCCCGCCGGGCAAGCCACUCAGUCUGGGUACCUGGCCGGCUCGACCUUCCUACAUCCCACAUCUGAAGAACCCGUGCUUCUUUCAGCAGAAGAUGAGGUUAGUCCAAUGUGUGCCCUACUUUCACGUGCUAGGGGUUGACAAAUGUGGCACCACGGACUUCCACUCUCGUCUGACGUCACACCCAGACGUCUUGGAGAAUAAUGGAGGUCUGGGGAAAGAGAUUUACUACUGGUGCUGGCUCCGAUACGGUUUGUGGAUGAUGGGCCAUAUGCUCAAACGAAGAUUCGGAGCAUACCUUGGCCUUUUCACCACCCCAACCAAAAAAAUUUCGGAUGAAUACAUGUGGAAGAAGCGACAGCUUAUCACAGGUGAUGGCACCCCUAUGGACUUCUGGGAUUUCCGUGGCUGGUACUUGGAUCCCCAGAAUGCUGGGCUUGAUGAGCCCAAGUUUCUGACUCCACACGCCAUGCGGCAUAUCUACCGCAAUCCAAAGUUUUUCAUCCUGCUCAGAGAUCCAGCAGAAAGACUCUACUCAGACUACAUGUUCUUGGGCUAUGGUCACUCGCCCCAACAGUUUGCCAGAGACGUUCCUCGAGCUAUUGGUAUGAUGAAGGCUUGUCUAGCAGUCAACUCCACGAGACAAUGUUUCUUCAGUGAUGACAUGUAUCACAAACUUCCAAUGCGAAUCCACAUCAGCUGUUACUCCGUCUUCCUGCGUGAGUGGCUGUCUGUGUUCAACAAGAAGCAUUUCUUCAUCAUACGUACCGAAGAUUAUCACGCAGACGUCGCGGGAACUUUGCUCGACGCUUACGAGUUCCUGGGUGUUGGCCGCCCUGCCAGCAGUACUUUUGAGGACGUCCUCAAACAGGGCAUCAAACACGAGACGCCGUCUAAGAAAAGGGCAGGAAAAAUGUUACCAGAGACCAGAGCCUUGUUAGAUGAAUUCUUUGCAAGGUUCAACAUAGAUUUAGCCCAACUUCUCCAAGACAGACGGUUUUUGUGGGGAACGUCUGAGUUCUCUGAUGGUUGAGACGAGCAGAUGUAUAUGAGAUACAACAGUCCGUGUUAUACCGAAGUUGCUUUCACGAUACAUUCCAAACCUUUAUUGAUCUCGUACAAUGCUGUUAGAGGCUGGUAAACUGUUGACUCAAUUGAGGAGGAAGCUGAAUUAUGCAAAAAGACUGCUAGACACUUUACAUAGUGUGUUGUGUAUGAAUUUCGGAGUAUUUU